AUGUCCAACUCACCACAAGUCAUCGGAAAACUCGAGGGAGAGGAUGUACUCGAUGUCCGCUUGCAGAAAGAUGGGAUCGAAGCUACGAUUAUGACUUUUGGAGCAGCAGUUCGUGAUUUGCAAGUAACAGCACCUGAAGGCAAGAGACGUGUCAUCCUUGGCUUCCCAAAAUUCGAAGAUCAUCUAGCCAACAAGGGUUUACAUUGGGGUGCCGUUCCUGGUCGUGUCGCCAAUCGGAUUGCUAAUGGUAAAUUCACUCUUGACGAUAAUCAUCAUCAAAUCACUCUGAAUGAGAACGAUCGGCAUGUGUGCCACGGUGGAAAAGCUGGGUUUGGUGUAAGAAACUGGACCAUCUUGGAUCACACUGCAACUGCAGUGACAUUGGGACUUGAAUCAUCAGAUAAAGACGAAGGAUUUCCCGGUAAACUCUCCGCCAAAGUUACUUAUACCCUUUCCGACGAUUCUACCUUACGAAUUGAUUGGUCGGCCACUUCUGAUCAACCUACCCUCGUGAAUCUUACCACACACGCUUUCUUCAACCUCAAUGGAACAUCUGGAGAAUCCACUUCCAAACAUCGUCUUCUGUUCGACUCCGAUUCAUAUACUCCUGUAGAUGACGGUCUUAUCCCCACGGGCGAGAUCGCAACCGUUGAGAAUACUCCAUUCGACUUCCGUCAAUCUCACGUUAUCGAGCGAGAAGAUAAUUUCCACUACGAUCACAAUAUCGUCCUUCGUGAUUACACCGGGAAACUCAAACGAGGAGCCGAGUUGGUGUCUUCGAAGGGUGAUUUGACUAUGGAAGUGUGGACAGAUCAACCGGGUAUUCAAUUCUUCGAUGGAAAACCAUUAAACAUCUCGCAACCUGGUCAUGAUGGCAUGCAGCUCAAAUCUCGAUCAGGAAUCUGUCUGGAGCCUCAAGUCCAUCCCGACGCCAUCAAUCACGCCAACUUUCCAAGCAUCGUCUUGAGACCAGGAGAGGAGUACAAGCACCACAGCGAGUUCCGCUUCCGUGCAUGA